AUGGAUAUGGACGAGGAUCCAGAUCCAGAGCCUGUCGAGCCACCAACUGGGACGCCCACGCAUCCCAUAGAGAUUUCAGACGAAUCAUCUUUCCAUGGUUCGCCUUAUAGAGGUCCCGACCCUUUUGCCCAAUGGUGGAGUAAUUACAAUUGGGAGUACACACCUUCCCACCACUCAUCACCACACCAACAGGUACCCUCAGAGGACCCACAUUUUGAGGCGGUCACACCACCACCACCGCCGCCGCCAGAACAGCAACCACCUCCUGAACCACCGAGGCGAAGAAGAUCAGGUGAACGGAUGUCCGUGCGAGGGGGAUUCCACUUCAGCACCCCCCCAACACAGCUGCAACAGCCACUACCCGCUGCUGUGUGA